AUGUCCGUGUACAUCAGUAAUGAAGAGACAGAUAGACUUAAAGCCAGUGGAUGGAGAUUGCUGAUGAUCGGAGUUAAACAAGAGGGAGACAUCGAACAAAACACAGCCAAUGCCAAAAAGUUUGUCGAACAAGCCGGUGGAAAGGUUGCGCAGGACGUCAAUGCUAUAAAAGGAUUCUAUGCCUUAUUUCCACCCAGCAAACCAGAUACAGAUCAUGUUAGUUUGUUCUGCGAAAGUGCCGGCGACAUCUUGGAAUUUGCAGAAGAAGACACCGAGGUGCAUAUACAGAAAUGA